GCCUCCUACCGAGCGCCGCCGCCGCCGCCGCCGCCGCCGCCGCCGCCAGCCGCGCGCAUCCCAAGCCGCCGCGGGAAGCAGGAGCCACGAUGCACAUAAAGAAGUACCUGCUCAAGUGCCUGCACCGGCUGCAGAAGGGCCCCGGCUACACAUACAAGGAGUUGCUGGUGUGGUACUGUGACAACACCAACACCCAUGGCCCCAAACGCAUCAUCUGCGAGGGGCCCAAGAAGAAGGCCAUGUGGUUCGUGCUCACCCUGCUCUUCACCUCCCUCGUCUGCUGGCAAUGGGGUGUCUUCAUCAGGACCUACCUGAGCUGGGAGGUCAGCGUCUCCCUCUCCAUCGGCUUCAAGGCUAUGGACUUUCCCGCUGUCACCAUCUGCAACACCAGCCCCUUCCAGUACUCCAAAGUCAAGCAUUUGCUGAAGGACCUGGAUGAACUGAUGGAGGCAGUCCUGGAGAGGAUCCUGGGCCCUGAGCUCAGCCAUGGCAACGCCACCAGGGCCCUGAACCUCACCAUCUGGAACUACAUGCCCCUGGUCUUUAUCAAUGAGCAGAACCCCCAUCACCCGGUGGUUCUUGACCUCUUUGAGGACAACUACAAUGGCUCAGCAAGCAGCAGCCCAGCACCAGGAAGGACCUGCAGUGCCCAAGGAUGCAAAGUAGCCAUGAGACUAUGCAGCCACAAUGGGACCGCGUGCAAUUUCCGGAACUUCAGCAGCGCCACCCAGGCCGUGACGGAGUGGUACACCCUGCAGGCCACCAACAUCUUCGCACAGGUUCCAAAACAGGAGCUGGUGGCCAUGGGCUACCCCGCCGAGCGGCUGAUCCUGGCCUGCCUCUUCGGGGCGGAGCCCUGCAACUACAGGAACUUCACACCCAUCUUCCACCCGGAUUAUGGCAACUGUUACAUCUUCAACUGGGGCAUGAGGGAGAAGGCCCUCCCUUCAGCCAACCCCGGAGCUGAGUUUGGCCUGAAGCUGAUCCUGGACAUGGGCCAGGAAGACUACGUGCCCUUCCUCACGUCCACAGCCGGUGCCCGGCUGAUGCUUCACGAGCAGAUGUCGUACCCCUUCAUCAAAGAAGAGGGCAUCUUCGCCAUGUCGGGGAUGGAGACUUCCAUCGGGGUGCUGGUGGACAGGCUGGAGCGCAAGGGCGAGCCUUACAGCCAGUGCACCAUGAACGGCUCCGACGUCCCCAUCCGAAACCUCUACAGCGACUACAACACGACCUACUCCAUCCAGGCCUGUAUUCGCUCUUGCUUCCAAGACCACAUGAUCCAUAACUGCAGCUGUGGCCACUACCUGUACCCGCUGCCCCGCGGAGAGAAAUACUGCAACAACCAGGAGUUCCCAGACUGGGCCUAUUGCUACUCGGCCCUGCGCAUGAGCCUGGCGCAGAGGGAGACCUGCAUCGAUGUCUGUAAGGAGUCCUGCAAUGACACUCAGUACAAGAUGACCAUCUCCAUGGCCGUCUGGCCUUCUGAGGCCUCUGAGGACUGGAUUUUCCAUGUGUUGUCUCAGGAGCGGGACCAAAGCACCAAUAUCACCUUGAACAGGAAGGGAAUUAUCAAGCUCAACAUCUACUUCCAAGAAUACAACUAUCGCACCAUUGAGGAGUCAGCAGCCAAUAACUCUGGCUGCUCUCAAAUCUGGGAGGACAGUUUGGCUUCUGGAUGGGGGGCUCGGUGCUGUGCCUCAUCGAGUUCGGGGAGAUCAUCAUCGACUUCGUGUGGAUCACCAUCAUCAGGCUGGUGGCCCUCGCCAAGAGCCUGCGGCAGAGGCGGGCCCAGGCCUGCUACGAUGGCCCGCCGCCCACCGUGGCUGAGCUGGUGGAGGCCCACACCAACUUUGGCUUCCAGCCUGACACGGCCACACACGGCCCCGAUGCUGGGCCCCACCCCCAUGAGCAGACCCCGCCCAUCCCAGGCACCCCACCCCCCAACUAUGACUCCUUGCGUCUGCAGCCACUGGACGUCAUCGAGUCUGACAAUGAGGGCGAUGCCAUCUAGACCCUGCCCAUCCCGGGCAGCCCAGGAAUUCGGACCUGAGCCGUGGAGACCGUUGCCCAAGGCCGCAUUUUAUGAUGCCCUCUCCACAGGCCCGGGACAGUAGGUGGCCAAGGCCAGAGUCCAGGUCCCUCUACAGAGAGCCAGCAGCUCCUGGCCAGUCCCAGGCCGAGGGCUCCGUGGAGUAACGGUGCUGGUACGGACGUGGGAAUUGUGUUCCUGCUCGCACCCUCCAAGCUGACCCAAUCCUUGGCCUGGGAUGCCCCCAGCCAGGCUCCAAGACCCGAAGCAUCCUCCCCUGGAGGCAGGCCACUUCCCUCCCAGGGCCGCUCACCGUCUGCCCCAGAGAUGAACAGGCAGCACGCCUGUGACCUUGUGAAUGGGUUUAGUGAGGGCAGCUUUGGUGGACAGCAGGCAUCAGAGGCCCUGCCAGGUGGCACAUGUUUUGUUCUGGAAAAUAAAAGUAGAAAACACGGA